AUGAAAAUCCUCAUCACAGGUGCUGGCGGCUUCAUCGGCCAAUUUCUUGCACGACAGCUGCUUGAUGAUCCGAAUCACCAACUUGUCCUCACAGAUAUCAUCGAUUGUCCAGUGCCGAGAGGCUCAAAGCAUCCCAAGAAUGCCACCGUUAUCAAGGGUGACCUUUUCGAGGAGAUCGACAAGCUCGUCACAAAGGACCUUGACGCCGUAUACAUCUUUCAUGGCAUCAUGUCAUCAGGUUCAGAAGCAAAUUUCGACCUUGGUUUAAAGGUCAAUCUCGAUGCUACUCGUGUGCUACUGGAAAAGCUCAGACACACUGUUCCAGGUAUCAGGACGAUCUAUGCCUCAAGUCAGGCAGUAUACGGCCGACCGUUUCCAGACACUAUUACCGAGGACGUGUUUCCAACCCCAGAAGGCUCGUAUGGCGCAGAGAAAUUGGUAUGCGAAAUUCUGGUUAACGACUAUACACGAAGAGGUUUCAUCGAUGGACUCAGCUGCAGAUUUCCGACCAUCUCCGUCCGACCAGGCAAACCAUCACAGGCGGCGAGCAGCUUCAUCAGCGGCAUAAUCAGAGAGCCACUAGCUGGUCAAGAGUGUAUAGUGCCUGUUAAGGAUCGGCAAUUUCCAUCAUGGGUUUGCUCUCCAAGGACACUCAUCAACAAUCUAGUGCACGCUUUGACGCUGCCGGCUGAUGCAUUACCUAGCCAUAAGCGAACAGUCAAUAUGCCUGGCCUUCUGGCCACAGUUCAGGAUAUGAUGGAUGCACUGGCGAAGGUGGGCGGUAAAGACAAAUUACAGCAUAUCAAAGAAGUCGACGAUCCAGAGCUCGGCGCCAUCUUACAUUCUUGGGCUUGGAAGUUUGACAACAAACUUGCUUUGAGCUUGGGCUAUAAACCAGAUACCAGUUUUGAGCAGGCCGUCAGGGAGUAUGUAGAUUGGAUGAAGGAGCAGAAACAGGUCAAUGGCGCUUAG